CUAAACACAUAAACACAAACACACACCCCAUCGAAAAUACACACACACACCAGAUAACGGCGCUUCGGGCGCCUCCGAAUCACCGAGUGAUAGCAGCGGCAGCAGCAGGCCCCACCAGAUCCCAACAAACUAAUUGACAACUCAAAUCCUGCCAAACAACGAAACGGCAGAAAAAACAAUUGUUAAACAACGUUUCGCCUGCCAGUCGGAUUGUCGGCCUACCCCACUGGGGGGACACUUCACAUUCAGCUUCAGCGUCAGCUCCAUCUCCAGCGUCAGCUACAGCUCCAGCUUCAACUUCAGUUUCAACUUCAAUCAAAUCGCUGCCCCAACGACAAUUGCUAAGUGUGCCUCUUAAUGCAUUUUACCCGCAACCACAAACACACAUUCAAACAAACAAACAAACAACAAAACAAAAAAAAGAAGUUGAAAUAAAUUUACAUAAAUAUUUCACUUGCCAGUUUUUGCCAGUCCACGUCCACAUCCGCGUUUCAAAAGAUUGAGCCUGGAUAGGCAACAGUGUGUGUGUGCGUGUGAAUCUGUGUAUGAGUGUGAGUGGAGUGUCCCGUUCGCAUCUGUAUCUGGAUUCGAUCCGUGCCUUAAACCAUUCAUCGCUCAACCAUCGCAACGCAGCGCAUCGCCUUGCACCAGAGAUUCAGUCCAGCAUCAAGAGAUCUUCCAAGACUACCCCGCCCCAAGUGCACUUGCUGGCAUUUCCUGCGCGCAGCACACGGCAUUCUUCCUGCUCCGCUUGGGGGAGCCAAAUUAACCAACACUGACAACCAUCGCGCAUUAGCCAACACUUGUCGAAGUAAGGCGCUACUCUGGCGCUUCAGGCUCAACAAAUGAUCGGCACUGAGGAUAUGUCCGCAUCGGCUGGCAUGGAUAUAAGCGAAUCCUUUCGUGCCGAGGAUCUCUCCAAGGCGGACUUCUUCGACUUUGUCACUGGCCCCGACAUGGGCAUCGGCAUUGGCGUGGGCGUCGACUCAUUGGGCGUCAGCCUGCACCAACAGCAGCAGCAGCAGCACCAUCAGCCCCACCAGCAGCAACAGCAGCAGCAGCAGCACCACAGUCAGCACAACAGUCACACCGCCAGCCACGUUCAAGUGGUGCACCAGCCAGCCAUCUCCAUCUCCACCCAAUCGCCGCAGCAGGCCCUGUGUGGCGGUGGUGCGAGAACCAACAGCAGCAUGAUCCACGAUGGUGGGGGAGGUGGUGCAGGCGGAGGGGGAGGAGGCAUUGUGGUGCCCGUGGGCAAUCGAAAUGGCAGCAGCAACGGAGGCGAUCCCACGUUACAGGGCUAUGAGUUCUGGCACCAGGACAAGGACAGCAGUCGCCUCGAUUCCACCUCCAUAUUCGAGGAUCUGGAUCGUUACUGCUGGCAACAGCAGCCGAUCACUGCCAGCGCUGGUAAUAGUGGAGCCACCAGCACCAACCAGCCCAGUCCCACAUCUCCUCAGUCGCAUCACCAUCAGCAGCAGCAGCAACAGCAUCCACAUCCACACCAACAGCAGCAGCAGCAGCAGCAGCAGACAAAUCCCAGCAGUUCCUCGGCCGCCUCCAGUGGGGCGGGCAGCAGCAGCGACACCAUCAGCAGCCUGGACACCACCGACGGACAGAUCUACACCCUGACAGUAUUAAACGGCGGCGAGCCCUGGCUGAAGCGCUCGGAGGCAGAGCAGCUGCCGAGUUCCCUGGAUCUAGACAGUCUCCUGGGCAGCUUUCCGGGUUACAUCAAGUCGGAGUAUCCGUACGAUGACAGCGGCUUCAGCACAGACGGCAAGGAUGUGAUUGUGAAUGGGGCAGAUGCCAAUGGUCUCAGCAGUAUUUCCCAGGUCCCCUCCCAGACGCUGCCCUCGCUCGUUACGGCCAUCUCCAUUGCGGGGGGAAAUGAUUUGGGCCAGCAGUUGGCCCAGUUCCAGAACAAUAACAACGACUGGCAUAUGGCCGAUCACAAUGCCGACACGGAGCAGAGCACGGCGGAGUCGCUGCUGCGGAGUGCGCUCCAGGGUAAGGGAUACGCCAAGGGUCUGCACAUGCAGAACGGCCUGGCCAUGCCCGUCGUCAAGGAGGAGGACAUGCGACGGCUGCUCUUCACGGACGAUGCUGCCGAUGCGCUGGGCUUUGCCGACUCUACGCUGAGUGCCGCCCAAAUGUUUGACGAGGCUCAGGGCAUGGCUGGAGUCCAUCUCACAUCCCAGCAGCAGCAGCAGCAGGUGCAACAGCAGCACAAUGGCAACGCCAACAUCAUUGUGGACGACAUGUUCCUGUCGCUGGAGAACGCCUUCAGCGAUGACUUUGAGAAGAUCAAGCGGAUCGCCAAUGAGGUGCAGCAGUUCUGCACCGGAGGCUCCUCCACGCCCACGCCUGGCGCGGACUACAGCAGUGCCAACGAUGUCCUCAUGCAAAUCUCACCGAAUGCGACGGCAAUCACGACGGCCAAUCAGCUGCAGCCGCCGCAGCCUUUAAAGCCGGAAGUGAGUACGUCGACACCGCCCACGGGUGGAGCUGCCUCAGCCUCCGCCACUCAUCCGUCUGGCAGAUCGGGCAGUGGCAUCUCAAAGCCCAAGAAGCAGUACAAACGGAGCAGCAGCAGCACCACCAGCAGCAGCAAUAACAACAACAACAACAAUCCAAAUGUGGCUAACAACAACAACAGCAGCAGCAGCGCAGGAGGGGUAGGGGGAGGAGCACUGGGCGCGGUCAUGGGCAGCAGUGCGGGAAGCGGCAGCUCCUCCUCCAGCGGCAGUGCCAGCAGCAGCAGCAACAGUCCGCCCGCCAACUCCAGCGGCUCCGGCUCCUCCGCCAGUGGACAGCGGAAGGAGCGCUCCUUGCACUAUUGCUCCAUCUGCUCGAAGGGAUUCAAGGACAAGUACUCGGUGAAUGUCCACAUACGCACGCACACGGGCGAGAAGCCCUUCGCCUGCUCCCUGUGCGGCAAGAGCUUCCGGCAGAAGGCGCACCUCGCCAAGCACUACCAGACGCACAUGACCCAAAAGAACAAUGGAAACCUGAUCAAAGGCAGCUCCUCCAAGCACCAGAGAUCCAGUGGCGGCUCAUCUGCGGCAGCCGCAGCAGCAGCAGCGGCAGCAGCGGCAGCCUCCAUCAACCAGCAGCGGCAGAUGACCCCAUCACUGCCUGGGAUGAUCAGCAAUCCGAACACGCCGCCAGGCAUCCUGCCCCCAGCGAAUGGUCUGCUCACGAAUCGGUAGUUCCACGUAGCAGAGGUACCCGCAAAACGAAACUAUUUCUUGUUCCUUACUCACAAAACACACACAAACACAAUGACAAAAGCUAAAUGAAAACUAUAAAACUACUACACACACACACACACACUCCUGGAGGGACCUCUCCAGAUGGUCCACUCCGCCUCGAAUUUAUGUCAUUGAAUAAUUCCUAUAUUCAGCUUUCUGUGCAAUUCCUAUACCUAUACCAACACUCGAAGCACUUCCAAAUAAAAUACUCAACUUAAUGUACAUUUAAUGCCUAAACACAACCACAAAUUAAAUUUAAAUGUGCCAAAUUUUGAAGAUUUUAAUUAAUGCUACUACCAGAUAGAAUCUACAAUUAAACUAAAUAGAGAUACGAACAUAUAAGUGUAAUAAUCAAGCUAAUGAAGCAAUUCUACGCGUGGUGAUAUCAAAAUGAGGCCAAACGCUUCCCUGCUGAAAGAAAUACUUGUGUAGCCCCCGCCC